AUGGGUCCCUCAACUGGCAUGUCUGGCCCAGCUGUUGCUGAACCUCCCCUAGCCCAUUUCCAAGCUCAACUCCAUCCCAACGACGCCUCCCUCUUCGACGACCAAGGCUACUUUCUCGACAACGACUUCGUCUGUGAGCUCCAUCGUCAGCUCUCUAUCUUUGGUUGGAAAAAGUCAUUCCGCUUCGGCCUCUACCAGCAAGCGAUCCUUGAACGGCUCCAGGAGCUCGGUUUCUUCGUUGCCCUUCCCGUCGGCUUCAACCUUCGCCUUCAUACGCCCCCGGGCUACAUCCGCUACCGUCUUAUCGACAUUUCCGCGAAAGCGAGACGCGCAGUCGAACAGAAACUUAGGAACGAGCGCCGCUCUCAAAUCCCAGUCAUAAUGGUUCAACUCACCGAGGUCGAGGACGAGCACUUCCAGUCCGGCCAGGCCGGUCCCAUCGAGGAUGAUGGCGACUUCACCGACACCGACUCUGAGAUCUCUGCCGACAGCGACUACGACCCCCGCGACGAGUCCUUCACUGAGCGCCUCUACGCCCUGAAGGACAUUGUCCCCCCAACCACCCGCGGCUGGAUCAGCAACAAGGUCGACUUCGGCGUCAGCGCUGUCCAGAACACGUGGUACUACGGCUCCCGUACCGUCUGGGUCGUCUGCGCCACCGCCCUGAUGAUCGGUGUUCCCCUGGCCACCUGCUGGGCCGAGGACCAGCAGAUUGAGGGCAUGGAGCGCGAAUACCGUAUGCGCGAGAUGGGCGGCGACGCACUCCUCGCCGCUGGCGAGGGCAAGGAGGGCAGCACUGCCGACCAAAUCGGCCUCGCUCUCGACCGCGCCGAGGCCAAGCCCGCUCUGUAA